CCGGCUUUUGUCUGCUGCCUCAGUGUAACUGACUGAAGAGAAGCUCUCGAGUGAGCUGGAUUACUUAACAAAAGCAUGUUACCUUUUGCUGUCGUGGAGUUCCCGAACGACGGACUGGCGGUAAUAUCCACAAAGUGGUUUACAGGACCCGACGAAGGCGAAUGCUACUGGCCACCCCCGAAGACAAACUUCACCAGGGCAGCGAUGAAAGAAAGAGAUCCUUCCAGUGACUGGGUCAAGUUCAAAGUCACUGUGAGGAGAAAAGCCGCAACAUAUGACAUUGCCCAUGCAAAGUUACUGGAGGAGGAGCACAGGAAUUCUGAUGUAGCAACUGACCCCGAGUGUUCAGACAAUAUGGGCCGAGGGAAGCGCAAAAGGAGGGCAGUGGUCAUGUCCAGCGAGGAUGAGGAUGAUGAUGACAUCCAUGAACAGGCAUCUCCUUCACUUCCGAGGCUUCCAUCUACUCUGCAAUUCAUGCAAAUGCCUCCACCUCUUCAUCCUCCACACGGGUCUCAGCAACCGCCUCCACUUCCAAGGCCUCCAUCUACUCUGCAAUUCAUGCAAAUGCCUCCACCUCUUCAUCCUCCACCCAGGUCUCAGCAAACGCCUCCACCCGGGUCUCAGCAAACGCCUCCACCCGGGUCUCUGCAAACGCCUCCACCCGGGGCUCCGCAAACGCCUCCACCUCUUCAUCGCGCCACCGGGGCUCUGCAGGCUGCAGAAACGCCUACCACCCAUGAGUCUUCAAUCCCCAGACAAAACGUGCGGGAUGGCAUGUUUAGACGCAUUUUGACCCUCCUUGAGAACAUGAAAGACACUCAGCUGAACCAUGGGAGGAUUCUCCAAGCACUUCUCCAAAAGCAAGACAACGUGGCCGACCUAACUCGUACUCCUGAGGGUUUCCCGCUCAAGACAAUUAAUGAUGUCAUCUGCAUGGAGGAAAAGCUGGCGAACCCUACCUUCAUGUCAGAACUGAUUGCAGCUGUGGCGGACAUUGGAGGGGCCACUGUUGACGGGGCCACCCGCCGUAUGAUGGCCUUCCUCCUGGAGCAGAAAUUGGCACAGGAGUACAAUUUCUUGGGAAGAAAUGGCAAGAGGAGCUUCAAGCCACUGAAGCUUUUUGAAGUCUUUUAUGGAGCCUUGAAGAAGAACACAAUGACCCAUACCAUCACAAGGAAGGAUGCGGAGAAGGCAGUCUCCAAAUGGCUGAUUGGGGCUAGGGACAGGGGGGGGAAUAGACAGGCCCGUCAGGCCAGAGUGGUAGCUCCUCCAGAAAUGUAAUUAGAGCCCGAGCACCGAAGGGCCCGCCAUCGCCGCUUGCGGCUUUAAUUUCUUUCUUUUUCUUUCACGCAUACAGGCGUACACACAAAAUUAA